GGUGGAGAAGAGACUAGAACGGAUAGAGAGCGAGCGAAGGGGGUGGGGAGCGCGACGUUCGGUAGAGGAAGAAGAAGAAGAGGAAGUCGAGAGAGUGUAGGCGCAGGCGCCGUAGGUGAUGUGAGGCUGGCGCCCGCCUCACGUUUGGGGUGAUGCCCUCCAGUGAGCCUCAUCCCCCCCAGUACCACCUUCAACACCACAACAUUCCUCCCUCGCAUCUUCAGCAACACACGUCGACCGCGAUCGGGCAACAUCAGCUCUACCAGCAGCUGGUGGCGGCCCAUCAACAGCAGCAGCAGCAGCAGCAACAGCACCAGCAGCAGCAAAGACAUCAGCAACACGGCGGGCCCUUUCAAAAUUCCACGUACACGCAGCAAAAGCAGGAGAUGAGCCCGGAGGAGGAGGGGGGUCGAGGGGGCGGGUCCCCCCCGGCAGCGGGGGCUGCGUUACAUCAGCCCCAUCACCCCCGGACGGCCAGUCCACCCUCGGGCACGGAACCCUGCACCCGCGAUGCUAUACCGACGCCUACGCCGAUCGCGGAUACUACCACAACGACCACGACUACUAUGACCAUGCAGUCGCAGGGGCAACAACAACAGCAACAGGAACAGCAAGGGCCCAGCCCUAGUCCCAGUCCAACGGGAGGCGACGUGGAGAAGUUCGACGGGAAGAUUGUCUACAAUCCGGACGGCUCGGCGUACAUUAUCGAGGGAGAGAGCGAGCUGAGCGAGGAUGACUCGUUGCCGGACGGAUGCAUCGUAGACGGGCGCGGUGUCUCGGUUCCUCAUUCUCUAGUAUUUCCUCAGAUCGCGAGCGCGUAUUACGUGUCGAGAUUGUACGCGCACCAAGCUUACCAGCAGCAGCAACAACAGCAGCAACAGCGCUCGGCGACGCAGCAGCACAAUCCCGAUCUUCCUGUGAUGCACAGCUAUCGGGUGAUCAGCUACAGAAGCGCGGAGGGUAGCAAACAACCGCCACCGCCUCCAACCGCGCCACCACCUCCGGCCGCGUCGGUACCCGUCAAGCCUAUCCUCAUGUGUUUCAUAUGCAAGCUCAGUUUCGGCUACGCGAAGAGUUUCGUGGCACACGCUCAGGGCGAACAUCAGCUGACCCUGAUGGAAGACGAGCGACAGAUACUCUCUCAUUCGACCGCGUCGGCCAUCAUUCAGGCCGUGGGCAGAGGAAAGCAACCGCUGGUCAGCUUCCUCGAACCCGUGACGAGCUCCACUUGCCCGCAACCGUCGGCCGCGCAGAUGCAGAACCAACAGCAGCAGCAGCAGCGCACCGAAUCCACCGAUCACGAAACGCCAACCACCACCAGCACGCCUGCCAGCACUCCCGGAGUACCGAGCAGUCCUCAGCAACAGCAACAGCAGCAGCCGCAGAGGCCGUCGCCCAGCACACCCACUACACCCACCUCCCAUUCGAAUCAUCCUCUCGCGUACAAUCAUCAGCAACCGCAACAGCAUCAGUGGACCGGUGCUCAGGUGAGCGCCGCCUCUUGGGCCAAAGCACCUGACGCCUCCGGCAUGCACUACACCUCGCCACCGCCUCCCACAUCCUCCACCAAGGGUUCGCCGUCCUCGUACGCGGCUUUGACCCAGCAGCCACCCAACUUCCUCACAGGCACGACCAUCGGUGUCUGCCCCGAGCAUAUGCAAGGAAGACCGAGCGGAGUCGAGUGUCCCAAAUGCGAACUCAUCCUAGCCAGCAGCAGAUUGGCCGGUCCAGGUGGGCCUCUCGCUGGCAUUCACAGCAGAAAUUCCUGCAAGACCCUCAAGUGUCCGAAAUGCAAUUGGCACUACAAGUAUCAAGAGACUCUAGAGAUACACAUGAAGGAGAAGCAUCCCGAGAGCGAGACCUCCUGCAUCUACUGCAUCGCCGGGCAACCGCAUCCCAGGUUAGCGCGCGGCGAGACCUACACCUGCGGAUACAAGCCGUACAGAUGCGAGGUGUGCAACUAUUCCACCACGACCAAGGGCAAUCUCAGUAUUCACAUGCAGAGCGACAAGCACUUGAACAACAUGCAGGAGCUGCAACAGGGCGGCGGUGGUAGCUCAGCGGCCAACAAUCCCUCGUCCUCGCAGGACGCGCCGAUGCCCACCAGAAGUCCUCACCAUCAGCAGAACCAUAGUCCGCACAUCGCCGGCCAGGCCGGGAAUCAAGGCAAACCGAAGCCAACGUUUCGCUGCGACGUAUGCAACUACGAGACCAACGUCGCGCGCAACCUCAGGAUACACAUGACUAGCGAGAAGCAUACGCACAACAUGCUGGUCCUGCAGCAGAACGUCAAGCACAUGCAGACCCUGUCCGCGCUCCAGUCCCACCAUCAGCAGGCACAGCAUCACCACCAACAAGCGCAACAGCAGCAUCAGCAGCAACUCGAGCAGCUGCUCCAUCUUGGCGGCCUGGACAAGCCUCAGCACGCCGAGGCCGCUCUCGCUGACAUGGCUUACAACCAGGCUCUCUUGAUCCAGAUGAUGACCGGUGGUCAGCUGCCGCCGCAGCUCCCGCCAGAGAUCAUGGGUGGCAUGGCGAGCAUGGGAGCCAUGGGGAACCUCGGCGGAGACGUUGGUCUCUCACCCGACAGCAUGGACCCACCACCUGAACCUGCCGAUCCUGAUCCCUCUCAUCUCUAUCACUGUUGCGUCUGCAACAACUUUGCCACCGAUUCGUUGGAGGCUCUCGGCCACCACCUCGCCGUUGAUCGAACGAGAACGCGCGAGGGUGAGAUCCUGGCGCUGGUGGCUGGCCACUUCGUCUGCAAACUUUGUUCCUAUAAAACCAACCUGAAGGCCAACUUCCAAUUGCACUGCAAGACCGACAAGCAUCUACAACGCUUGCAGCACGUGAACCACGUGAAAGAGGGCGGGCUACGAAACGAGUGGAAGCUCAAGUACCUGGCUUCGCCCACGAGCGCCGCGCAAUUACGAUGUCACGCGUGCGACUAUUACACGAACAGCGCUCACAAAUUGGCCCUGCACGCCGCGUCGCCGAGGCACGAGGCCGCGGCUUUGCUUCUUCGUCACCUGCUCGAGGCCAGCGCCAACGUGCCCUCCCAGGCCAAGUUGUACCAUUGCGCCCUGUGCGGCUUCAGCGCCAGACACCGAUUGCCGCUCCUGCAGCACGUUCGAUCGCUCAGACAUCUUCAGAUGGAGCAGUUGCAUCAACUCCAUCGGCGGAGCGGCAUACAGGGCAACGAAACCCCGCACACCGACAUCGGGGACGUUUUCCAAGUUAUGAGCGACCCCGACGCACCACCUGCGCAACAGCCCAGUCCCACCACGCCGACCACCCCGAAUGCUACCAGUGCCAAUAACGAACGACGAGAGGAAGGUAGCGACUGCGGCAGCGAGGUGAAGCAGGAGCCGGAUAACGAUCAAGAACCGGAACAAGAGCCGGAGAACGAGCACGAGGAAGUCACCUGCCCGUAUUGCACUUAUCAGCCGACGUCGCGUGAAGAAUUGAGGCAGCAUUUGCAAGUGGCUCAUGUCCAGGAUGCCGAGGACAAAGCGGAGGCCGUAAAGGAAGAGCCACCGCCGGAAUUGUUGUGCCCGCUGUGCCAGGACGGCUUCAAAGAGCGUUCCGCUCUCGAGAAGCACGUGAUGCAAAUCCACUCGGUGAACGCGGACGGCUUACAACGGCUGCUGCUGCUCGUGGACCAGAGCCACUGGCUGAACAACAAUCCGCGAAACACCUCGACCCCGGCGGUGGCUAUGCCUACGUCGCCGACCACCACCGCCAAACAGCCGCAGGAGGAGGACAUGAGCGAGCGUGGGGCCAACGAGGAGAUCGAGGAGAUCACCAGAUGCACCGUCUGCGGACGCGUGUGCCGCUCGUUGGAGGAGCUCCAGCAACAUCACAGGGAGACCCAUCCGGCCACAACACCCACGCUGGCUGUCAGUGAGAAACACGUUUACAAGUAUCGAUGCGGACAGUGUAGCCUAGCGUUCAAGACCCUGGAGAAGCUGCAGCAGCACUCGCAGUAUCACGCGAUCAGGGAUGCGACCAAGUGCGCCCUCUGCGGCCGAUCGUUUCGCUCGGUCCAGGCCCUCCAGAGACACCUGGAGUCGGCUCACGCGGACCUGCACGAGGACGAGCUGGCGCAGUACAAGCAGAGCCUGUUGCACGCCCAUCCGCUGCUCCAAGCGCUCACGGAGGAGGCUCUGCGCAGGCAGGGUAGCUUGGUCGGCGAGCAGAACGUGGAGGAUGACACGAGUAAGGCUGACGAGGAGGAGAGCGACGCGAGCGACUCGUCACCGUUGCACAAGGAGCAGCGUCUCUUGGAGGAUUAUCUGAACAGUCAACCGGUCGCCGAGGAUUCUUACCAUGAUCCUGGGAGGAAGUUCAAGUGUCAUCGUUGCAAGGUCGCGUUCACCAGACAGAGUUACCUCACCGGGCACAAUAAGACGUUGCUGCAUCGCAAGGGGGAGAAGAUGUCCUAUCCCAUGGAGAAAUAUCUGGACCCGAAUAGACCCUACAAGUGCGACGUGUGCAAGGAGAGCUUCACUCAGAAGAAUAUCCUGUUGGUUCAUUACAACAGCGUGAGCCAUCUGCAUAAACUGAAGAGAGCCAUGCAGGAGCAGGGUAACAACAACACGCUGAUCUCAGUGGUACCGCCUGCCAGCCCGACAGAGUCGCCUGACUCUCAGCAAGAUCAGGACAAGAAGCCGUAUAAGUGUAACAUCUGCAAGGUGGCCUAUUCUCAAGGCAGCACCCUGGACAUCCACAUGAGGAGCGUGCUGCAUCAGACCAGGGCUAGCAAACUGCCAGAUCUCGCUGCCAGUGGUCAACUCGACCUAGCUCGUCCGUUGAUCGAACAGCCUCCGCCGAGUAGCCCUAACAGUCCACCUGUUAACACCAGCACCUCGGGGAACAGCGGAACGAUGCUCUCUUGCCCUCGGUGCAGUGCUCUGUUCGUGAACCAGGAGCAACUCGCCACUCACCAACAGCUUUACUGCAUAUUCAGCAACCCGUUGGCCCUGUUCCAGCAACUGGCUGCGUCGCAGCAGCUCGCUUCGACGCCCGCGAAAACGCCACCUCCGACAUCCACCACUCCUGGUCCCCAGCAGCACAUGCAACAGAGCACCCAGCACUCUUCGCAGACCACGCAGGAUAUCUUGUCUCAGCCUCGUCACAAGACGUCGCAGAUGUACAAGCACCUGUUGGAGAGCUUCGGAUUCGAUCUGGUGAUGCAGUUCAACGAAAACCACCAAAGACGUCAGCGCAAGGAGGAAGAAGCCGCUGCUGCGCUGCAGGCCCAGCAGGAACAACAGAAACAGGAGCAACAGAAACAGGCUUUGGCUGCUCAAGCUGCUCGCGAGAGAGAAGAGGAAGCCGAGGAACCCACCGACGACGAUGUUAUACCUGAACUGACCAGAAGCACCUGUCAGCUCGUCGUGGUGACUGUCGCGACGUCUUCAUCCACGUCAUCUGGGCCCAGAAGCUCGACGCCGGCCUCCGCUCAGCCGCAAGAUCUGUCAUCGGAUAAGGAGCACCGCGAUAAGGAAAAGGAAGAAAUCGUGGAGAAUAAAGAUCGUAUCAGUAAGACUCCAGAGGCUACGUCUACCACGCCAGCAACCACUCCAGCACUGAGCAACACGCCGGUGUCGAGCACCGAUUCCACCACGCCCACAGUGCUGCAAACCAAUACUCAGCAUCACAUGCAACAGCAGCAGCAGCAGCAGCAGCAGCAACAGCAGCACCAACAGCAGCAGCAGCAGCAACAACAGCAACAGCAACACGCUCAGCUGACUCUGGCUCAGCAGAUGACCGAGAUGCAAGCUGCUUUAAAUGCAAUGGCUGCGUCCCAGUUGCAGCAGCAGCUCCAACAGUACCCUGGUCUGAUGAUGGGCAUGAUGGGUUUGCCACUUGGACUGAACGUUCCUGCCUUGGCUGCCAUGAAUCUACAACCACCGUUGGUGCCCAUGAUGUUACCACCACCGCCGUACGAUGGCACAGCCACCGGGUAUCCGCCUAUCAAUGCUCAAGCUGAUCUCCUGGCCAAGCAACAUCUCGCCUUGCAGCAGCAACAAGCAGCAGCCGCUAACGCGGCUGCCUCGCAGAAACGAGCGCGAACGCGCAUAACCGACGAACAGCUAAAGAUAUUACGAGCACAUUUCGACAUCAACAAUUCUCCCGGCGAGGAGCAGAUUCUCGAUAUGGCGGCUCAGAGCGGGCUACCGCCGAAAGUGAUCAAACACUGGUUCAGGAAUACCUUGUUCAAAGAGCGACAGCGUAACAAGGACAGCCCUUACAACUUCAACAAUCCGCCUAGCACCACUCUGAAUCUCGAGGAGUACGAAAAGACCGGAGAGGCGAAAGUGACACCGUUGAACUCUAGCGUAUCUGGAAGCAGUUCCUCCGACGACAAAAGCCCGAACAAACAGGCAACUCCACCGCCGUCGAGCACGGUGAACGCAUCGCAGGCCAGCGAGAUAAAGCAGGAGAUUCAAGAACAGCCGCAAUGCCACGUGCAGCAACAGUCGCAGCAUCAAGAAGAACAGCAGCACCACUCUCCUGGCAGUUCCGGUGGACAGCAGUCCAGACCUCAUUCACCGGCGCUCAGCAUGAGCUCCGUGUUCUCCGGCAUUCAUCACGACGUGUCGUCGCAUGCUUCGUCGACGACCAACGCGCCCAGCACCCCUAUGCUUCCACCUAAACUGGCGCCACAGAACUUCGCCAGUCCUAAUCCCGGCGCAGGUAGCGUGGUCCCAGGCGCCAUCGCAGCGAUGGCUCUGACGCCACAGAGAUCCCUAAGCCCUGGCCGUGGACCAACCGACUACUCGUUCGGUGGGAGCGGGAAUGGGAGCAACUCGUCGGGUGGCAGCUCCGGGAAACGGGCCAAUCGUACAAGAUUCACCGACUAUCAGAUCAAAGUACUUCAGGAAUUCUUCGAGAACAACGCGUACCCGAAGGACGACGAUUUGGAAUAUCUGAACAAGCUGCUCGGAUUGAGCCCGCGCGUGAUCGUGGUAUGGUUCCAGAACGCUAGACAGAAAGCACGAAAGGUGUACGAGAAUCAGCCAGCCGCUGAGCCAGUGACAACGGGCAGCCGCGAGAGCGACGACGGUUCAGGCCGCUUCCAGCGUACCCCAGGCUUGAAUUACCAAUGCAAGAAGUGUUUGCUGGUGUUUCAGAGAUACUACGAGCUCAUACGUCAUCAGAAGACGCACUGCUUCAAGGAGGAGGACGCGAAGAGGAGCGCCCAAGCGCAGGCCGCCGCGGCCCAAGUAGCCGCGGUUCUCAGUUCCGAAGAUAGCAACAGCAGCUCCACCACCACCACUGCUAACGCCGUCUCCAGCAACCCCGCGAACGCUCCCGCUCUCGCGGAACAGCUGCAGCAACCGCUCAACACCACCACGUCCCCUCAUCAUCAGCAGCAGACAAUGGGACAGUCGCACCAACAGCCUCAGCAACAGCCCCAGUCGCAACAGCAGCAGCAGCUGCAGCAGCAACAACAACAGCAGCAACAGCAGCAACAGUCGCAGUCGCAGACUGAGUCGAAAGAGGGCAGCUUUCAGUGCGACAAAUGCAAUCUGAUGUUCGGCCGAUUCGAGCUGUGGCGCGAGCAUCAGCUGGUACAUAUCAUGAACCCGUCCCUGUUCCCACCCGCUUAUCCACCAGACUCGCCGUUCGGGAUUCUACAGCAACAGGCACUGAACGCUACCUCCGGGGUAGCCGCGGACACUCCUCAUCCGCUGAUAGCGAUGAUGCAGGACAGAAAGAGAAAGUACGAGGAUUUCGAUGAGGGAACAGGCGGUGAGACUCGCUCCAACUCCGAGCACAACGAACAGCCCAAAGACAAGCGACUGAGAACGACCAUACUGCCGGAGCAGCUGGAUUAUCUGUAUCAGAAGUACCAGGUAGAGUCCAAUCCGUCGAGGAAGAUGCUAGAGACGAUCGCUCGCGAGGUCGGUCUGAAGAAGCGCGUGGUUCAAGUCUGGUUCCAGAAUACACGCGCCCGUGAACGAAAAGGUCAGUUCCGCGCGCACAGUCAGGUGAUCAAUAAACGUUGUCCGUUCUGUCCAGCACUGUUCAAGGUGAAAUCCGCUCUAGAGUCGCAUCUCAGCAGCAAACACGCCGACCAGGUCGCCCGUGGUGAAGUGAAUAUCGAUAAUAUCCCCGACGAGGAACUCUCCAUGGAGUCAGCUCCGUCGAACCCGAGCACACCCAACAUGAUGCCCCCGUUGUUCCCAACUUUCAACGACAUGGACGCGUCGCUGAAGAAGUACUACGAGGAGUCGAUGAAACGAUACAUCAGCGAGCUACAGGCACACGCCAGCAACGGCAAGCAAGAGACAGUGAACCAUCAGGCAAGCAGCAACAGCGGCGAGUCACCUUUGGAUCUGAGCAAACCGGUGGACCUCAGCCGCCCCAUGAAACUCAGCCUCGGCGGGCUGAGCAAUCUCCUCGAGGAGCAACACGGCGCACACUUCCGCGGCGGUAGCGAUUGCGGCCCGCUCACCGAUCUUUCCGAACGGAGCAUCUGCGACGACGACAGCAUGAGCGAGACCACGGAAUUCCUAGACGACGAGAGCGGACCGGCUAGUCCAGCUUCGAGCACACAGAGCUCCAGACAGGGACCCGCUUCUGCGGGGACCGGAAGUGCCACGGGCCCGCCAGUAGCCGGCGCAGGCAGCGGAACAGGCCAAUCCAGCGGCAAGAGAUAUCGCACCCAGAUGUCGGCUACCCAAGUCAAGGUGAUGAAGUCGCUCUUCUCGGACUAUAAGACUCCAACCAUGGCCGAAUGCGAGAUGCUCGGACGAGAAAUCGGCCUGCCGAAGCGCGUGGUUCAGGUCUGGUUCCAGAACGCCCGCGCCAAGGAGAAGAAAGCUAGGCUGGCGGCAGGCUUGCCAGCCGAGGGCUCGGCCGUCCAACCGCACCGUGGACCGACCGGGCCCGACGAAUGUAGACUCUGCUCGGUCCGAUACUCGGCCAAGUCUCCACUCCAGGAGCACGUAUUCUCACGACGACACAUCGAGUCGGUGCGUGUCGCCGUCGAGGAAGGUAGCCUCGUGCCGCCGACCUCGCCGGUGGUCGGGGCCGGCAACCAGCAAGCCGGCCAGCAGCAGCAAUCGGACGAAAACAUGAUGUACGGAUCCUUGUUCCUCCAUCCUACGGCGAUGUUCCAGCCACAGCAACAGCAACACCCUGGCGCCGCAGCGGCUAGCACGGCUACCACCACGGCCGGUGAGUGUCUGGCUGACCUCUUAGACUCGUAAACGAUCGUUUGGCCCGCGUCUCGUUCGAAAUUCCGCUGAUCGUGUAGGUAGAUGCGCGGGCAGGAAGAUCCUUCCUCUUUCCUCGUCCUCUUUUCGAAAUGGACUCGCGGUGUCCCGAUGAUCCCAGGUCGGUGCUUGUCAACUGCCUGUUUCGCGUCUCGAUCAAACGCUAUAGCGACUUCGGUCUUCGUCCCCCUUCCCUGUCCUUUCGUUCUUCGUCUUCUUCUCUUUCCCCCUCUUCGAGUAGACGAGUAAUUUGUUCGUGAUAAGGAAUUUCGAACCCCGGCGCGAGUCAGCGUCGUUGUAUGUUGUGCACGUGUCCCUUUACCGCGUGUAUACGUACGCAUACUGUAUAAUUUGGCCCGUGUGAUACUCUA